CUCGGGCUCCCAGGGGGGCGACAGCUUAGGCCUCUCGGAGGGGGUGGGGAUUCCGACGGGAGGCCCUCCCCGCUGGGUCUGACCUCCGGAAAACCUAGCGGCCCCGGUGCCACAGGCCACGGGGGCCACCACCGGGAACACAACCACGCUGUGCACUUCCAAGUCAGGAGAAAGGGGGCGGCCGGGGUGGUGGGGGGGAGAGAGAGAAAGAGAUGCUGGGCAGCUCCCCGGCCCGGCCCGGCCCAUCGUCUCUGCUGGUUUCUUCCCCCACGACUGUGAGAAGCAGACCUAACCAGAUCAGUCCGUCUUCGGGGAUCGAACCAGCGGCCGACGACCUCAUGGCCACCCCGGAGUCCGAAUCCUCCAAGGUGGUGGAACCCCUCGGCCCUCCCGUGCCCUGGCCCUGCCCGCCCGACGUGCGGCUCUGCGGGCACCUGAGGAAGCAGAAGUCGCAGCGCCGCCGCUUCUUCGUGCUGCGCGCAGACCCGCCGCGCCUGGACUGCUACGAGAGCGAGAAGAAGUUCCGCGCCGGCGGCUGCCGCCCGGCCCGACCCCGGCGCAGCGUGAGCCUGGAGGGCGCGUGCACCAUCAGCAAGCGCUCCGACGCCCGCCAGCGGCACCUCAUCGUCCUCUACACCCCCGACAGCAGCCUGGGCGUGGCGGCGGCCGACGAGCUGGAGCAGCAGCUUUGGUACAGCGCCUUGCUCGAGGUGCGCGCCGCCGCCGCCGCCGCCACCGGUGAGGCCCUAGGGUGGGGCGUGGUGGAGGACCCUGACUCUUGUAUUCUCACCCCGUUCCAGGACGUCUGGCCUGUGACACUGCGACCCAAGGGGUUGGGGCGAGCACGAGGCCUGGGCAGCGGUGGCUACCGCCUGUGUCUGGGGUCUGGAGCCCUGAGCCUGCUGCGAAAACCCGGGAGCAGAGGCUCCCGGGAAAGCCAGGCAUUGCCGCUGCCCGUCCUGCGCCUGUCCCUGCUCAGCGUGCGCCGGUGUGGACACGCAGAUUCUUUCUUCUUCCUAGAGCUCGGUCGCUCGGCACCUACAGGGCCGGGGGAGCUGUGGCUGCAGGCACCGGAUGCCGUGGUGGCUCAAAGUAUCCAUGAGACCGUCCUCGCUGCCAUGAAGAGACUGGGGCGCAUUGCAUCCGGUUGUAAGGUUGAGCCGCCACUCAGAGAGUCCCUGAAGAUUUCUUCCUCAAUCCCGAACCUCACAGUUUAUGACACUCCUACCUUGGCAGCCCAACCAAAAAGCCCAGAUGAGAGACAGGAGCAAGAGCUCCUCAAGACCUUGGAAAGUCUGAGGGCAGCAGCCUCCUACCCUCAGGAGUUGGAUCAGGGGGAGAGCUACAUCACUAUGAGAGCGCGGGGUGACUAUAUGCACAUGGGAGGCAGCGCAGUGGAUGGCUACAUGUGGAUGGCGCCUCCGGGCCCGACUUCCACUCCAGAUCGCCACCAGCUAUCCCAAGAUUACCAGGACAUAGAGUAUAUGCCCAUGAACAACUUUUCAUCAGAGCCCUCUUCCUACAAGUCGGAGCCUGGGUUCCAAGCUGCCACUCGAGGCGUGGGGGGCAGCUCGCAGCAGCUGGCAGACCUAGCUGGGGAUUAUGUGUAUCUCCAGCCUGGGGACUCAGACUGUGUAGGAAUGGGCACUGCCAGAAGGGAACCCCCUGACAACUGCCUCAACUAUGUCGACUUGGACCUAGUCCCUCCUCUAGAGGUGCGCACCAGUGCCCUCAAGGCGGGCCCGCAUAGCUAUGCCAGCAUCAAAUUCUAGAAUCUUCUGGAUGCUGCCAGGUGAGGGGACCUCAGGGCAGCUUAAGUUUGCAAAGCUUGCUAGCCCAGAUUUGACUCCCCAGUACUCACAGAAAAACAGAAGCACAA